UUAGGAGUCCAACUUUCCAGGGUCCAAUUUCCCAAUUAAAGGAAAUCAGUUGGGUGAAAGGGCUUUUUCUAGGGGACGGACCCAGUAACAACUACCCCCGAUAUAUUAUUUGUUUGGUUGAUUUUCUUAAUUCUAAAUUAACGACAGACCAGACGACGAUCUCAGAGUAAGUUAAAGCAACACUCCAAAAACGGAUCACGAGCCAUUACAAGACAACCCCUCCAACUCUCUCUCUCUCUCUCUCUCAUCCUCUUAUGUUGUCUUCCCAUCUGUUCUUUUUUUUGUUCUUUAAUUUUAUACUUGUAAUCUUUUGAUUCAGACUUCAACUCUGCCUCUUUCUCUAUAAAUCAGAGCCUUUUAAGCAAAACCAAGCUUCAGAUUUCAGUGCUUUUUCCAUUGUUUUGCUUCCCAGAGUCCCAACAAUGAUCACGCAUCAGUUUCUGAAUUUAGCCCUCUUUUUCACCGUUUGCUUCAUUGCCUUAAGUUUCUCCUCUGUUUCUGUCAAAGCCCUUAAUAUUGGUGUCCAAGCAGCGGAUUCUGCCGUCACUGUGAGUAAAGAAUGCAGUCGAAAAUGUGAGUCAGAGUUCUGUUCAGUGCCUCCAUUUUUGAGAUAUGGGAAGUAUUGCGGGCUAUUAUAUACUGGAUGCCCUGGGGAGAAACCUUGUGAUGGACUUGAUGCUUGCUGUAUGAAGCACGACGCUUGCGUUCAAGCUAAGAACAAUGACUAUCUAAGUCAAGAAUGCAGCCAAAACUUGAUAAACUGCAUGACUAAUUUCCAGAAAUUUGGUGGAACAAGUUUCAAGGGAAACAAGUGCCAAGUUGAAGAGGUCAUUGAUGUAAUCUCUGUAGUCAUGGAGGCUGCUUUACUUGCUGGAAGAGUUCUUCAUAAACCAUAGAUAGAUAGAGUGGAGCUUAAUUAAUUUCCGACGUACCAGAAAGCGAAGAACAAAGAUUGUUACCUAUUCUUUUGCUUUCCAGCUAUUCAUGUGUUUCUUUCUUUACAAGAUUUAUGUCCUGCACUUUGACUUUGCAAUGAUAUGAAGAUGUACGUUUCAA